UUCUUGUUUAUCCGAACCUGAGUCGCCAUAUACGCAUAAACAGUGAACCUGGCAUUAUUACAGGGGAUUUAGCCGAGUUUUCAGUAACCCGAUGGAAGCAGAAAAGUCAACAGUGGAUAUGGAAACAAAAGGGCAAACCAAGCACCCUCCAGAGUUGAGGAUUGUGUUAUUAGGUGGAAAAGUAUUAACUGGUGAAUCCAGUUUUAAAAGUACAGCCGGCAACAUCAUACUUGGUAAAAGUGUUUUUGAGACCAACAGAAGAACUGCCAGAAGUGUUGUGAGGCAGCAGGAGGUACAAGGCAGAAUGGUCACAAUGGUUGAUACUCCAGGCUGGUGGUGCCACUACCCACGAAAAAACACCCCAGAGCUGGAUCAAAUAGAAAUCAAGAACAGUGUCCAUCUGUGUCGCCAAUGGCCUCACAUAUUUCUUCUAGUCAUUUCUUUAGAUGAAGUAUUUACUGACAUUUUCAAGCAAUCGCUAGAAGAGCACCUGCAACUCUUCAAUAGAGGAGUCUUUGAUCAAACCAUUGUGCUGUUCACUGUAUGUUUUCCAAUUACCAAAAAAGGUUUAGAGCACAAAAUCUCUUUCUGGCCAGCACUUCAGAUGAUUCUUCAACAAUGUGGAAACCGAAAGCAUGUUCUCAACAUCAGCGACCAUCAGAAUAAGACUCAGGUCGCAACGCUUUUCAAUAAAAUAGACGCAAUGGUUGCACAAAAAGCUGGUGGUCACUAUUCUAUUGAUAGUGCUGAUGGACGUGCUCUGAGAGAGAAAAUGGAAGCAAUCGUUGAAAGAGCAUCAAUGAGGUUUGCCGAAGUGCAGACCAAAAGAAGGAAACUCAAAGCCCUGAUUGAAGGUGGCAAAACUCCUCCAAUACAUUUGAAGCUAGUGAUGGUUGGCGCACAGUGGUCAGCCAAGAGCUCAGCAGGCAACACCAUUCUGAGAAAAUAUGUGUUUCCUGUUACUCACACAAGAACAACUGUGUACUGUGAAAUAAACCACAGCGUGGUGGCAGACAGGCAGCUCACAUUGGUAGACUCACCAGGCUGGUUCUACAACGGUACCCUUCAGGAGCUCUCUGAGAUGGAUAAACUUGAAAUAGAAAACAGCAUGCAUCUGUGCUUUCCAGGACCCCACGCAGUGCUCCUUGUUGUCGGCCUGGCAUCCGCAUUCAACGCAUCAUACCAGAGAGCGGUCCAGGAGCACAUGAGCCUGUUCACGGAAGAAGUCUGGAAGCACACAAUAGUUCUGUUCACCAGAGGUGACUGGCUGGGAGGGAGGACUGUGGAAGAGCGCAUAGAGAGUGAGGAGGGUCUGCAGUGGCUUGUGGAGAAGUGUGGGAACAUGUAUCAUGUCUUGGAUAACACAAACCACAGCGACGAGACUCAGGUGACGGAGCUCCUUGAAAAGAUUGAAGAGAUGUGGGCAGGAAACAAAGAUGGUCAUUUUGAAGUCAACCUAGGCCGUGCUGAGCAGAUGGAGGCAAGAAAAGAGGUUGCAGACAAGAAGGCAAAAAAGAUUCAUCAGACGGCCAAAAGACAAGCACGAAUACUAAAAGAGUUGUUCCGAGGGGAGACGCAGCCAAUCACUGACAAGAGGGUUGUACUUAUCGGCCCGAAAUACUCUGGGAAGAGUCUGGUAGGAAACAUGAUCCUUUGUGAGGACCAGUUUGGCACAGCUUGGAUGAAGAAGGAAUUCCAAGAUCAGAGAAGAACCACGAUGUGUGAAAAACAUGACAGAAAUGUCGCUGGACGAAACAUCUCGGUUGUUGAGGCACCGGGCUGGUUUACAGACAAGAUCACACCUGACUGGCUGAAGACUGCAGUACUGCGCAGCGUCUCAAUGUGUGCUCCUGGACCCAAUGCUUUUCUCUUGGUUGUACCCAUUUUCAAAACGUUUUCAGGUGAUGACUACAAAACAAUCAUUGAACUCUUGAUGCCAUUUGGUGACAGUGUCUGGAGACACUGCAUGGUGCUGUUCACCUGGCCAGACUGGCUCAAUAAAAGGUCCAUUGAGGAGCACAUCGCCACAGAAGGCGUACACCUGAAACAGCUGGUGGAAAAGUGUGGGUACAGAUAUCAUGCCGUCAACUGCAAUCCUCGUGAUUGUUUUGCCUAUCCUGUCAUAGAGUUGUUUUUGAAAAUGUUUGACAUGAUAACACGGAACCAGGGCCAAUACUUUGUCGCUGAAGACAAAAUGGGGAACAAGCGGCAACCAGCACUGCAGUGGCAAGAGGAGUGGAACAGGAGGGAGCAGGAGCUAAUCGACAGGAUGUUGAAAGCUGUUGCACAAGAAUCAGAAGAACCGCUCGUACCAUCUAUGAAAAUGAACGCUAGCAUGGAUGGAGCCUUCACUCCAAGCAUGAGCGGAGAUGUUCCCAGAGAUGUUGUGGGCACAUGUUGGAGCCAAACAGAACGUGCCAAAGUGACUGAAUGGCUGAACGUUAGAUUCGGGGGCUCUGAUGUCACCUCUGGGGUCGACAGCAUGAGUAUUUCAGCCAGUGAUGUGGAGAUGUUGGACCAAAGCCUCCUGACUGAUGACAGUCAGCAACAAAUGACUAGGUUUUUCUCAGACAAACACAAACAGAGGAAGUUAGAUUCUAGUGUCUAUGGCAGGGUCUUGACAAACAAUGAAGCAACAAAACACAGGUACUCAAUUUAGCACACAAAAGUCGACUGGUAACUAAGAUAACAAAAGAUAGAAAAUGGACAAUGCAGAAAUUAUAUUUCUAGGUCUUCCCUGUAUCUCCUUACUUAAACACUGACAUGAAAAUGUGUUUGUUCAAUUUCAUGCUUCACUGGCUUGAACAGCAAACAGUGUCAAAAAGUGUCAAACAAGAAAUAAAAAUGCUUACUGUUGCUUUUAUGUUUACCUUACAUUCCAAGCAUAUUAUAUAUCAUAUCAAGUGUAGAGUACUUUAACUGUAUGCAGAACAUUAGAUCAUUUAAAGAUUCAGAAUUUCCCCCCAAAAUCAAAUCAACCAUAUAAUGGGGAUAUAUUAUUGUUGGUAAAGCAAUCAAGCAGUCGAGCUAUAUCAGUUUGUUAGAAAUACCCUCACCUUUGUCACGUGCAACAUUCAAAUGAUGUACAAAGUAAUGCAUCAAUAUACUAUAUAUUUGAUAUACAUUAUUCUGAAAUCAUUUUCAUUCAUUUUAUAUAUAUAUUUUAGUUCUAAUGAUUUGUUAUUUGUUUUGUUUCUUUUUGUAUUUCGCUUUCACUUCUGAUUCUGAUUCUGAAAUGGUCGAUUUUAUACACAGUAGAUAAGCUACUUUUUAGUAGGCUAGAUACUUGAUUUAUUAUGCUAACACACUUCUUUUACUUUGAUAACAUUGAAUUAAGUAAUAAAGGAUUUUUUAGUGUGGUAUUGUCAGUAUGUGGUAUUACUAAAGAAAA